AUGAAUACUUGUUGCGUGUACCGACGAAAAAUUUCACACUUGAAAUUGAUUCUACGUACUGCCUUUCUAGUCAUCCUCUUACUGACCAUUUAUUUAUUACAUAAUUCGUUGCAUACAACUUAUAAUUCACCAUUUUCAAUCAAUAAUCAAGCAUAUUUGCUCAAUAAUUAUACAUACAUUGUAACCAAAGAGGAAUUAGAAUUCCCGCUAGCAUUUAGUUUAAUCAUAUAUCGUGAUUAUGAUCGAGCUUAUCGGCUAAUUCAAAUCAUAUAUCGUCCACAUAAUUUCUAUUGUAUACAUAUUGAUAAAAAGUCGUCGGAAAUUGACUAUCAAAAAUUUCGCCAAUUGAUUUUUCAAUUCAAUAAAACAAAUAUUUAUUUUAUCGCUGAUGCAGAACGUGUCAAUGUUCAAUGGGGUCGUUAUUCAGUAUUAGAGGCAGAUUUAAAAUGUGCUCAAUUGUUAUUAUUGAGCUGUUGUGGAAAAAAGAAAAAAGCCAAUAAAUGGAAAUAUUUUAUUAAUUUAACUGGACAUGAAUUUCCAUUGAGAACAAAUUGGGAAUUAGUGAAAGCUUUGAAAUUAUUGAAUGGUUUAAAUAUAGCACCAGCGCAUUGGUUACAAACUAAACCAUGGCGUAUUCCACCGAAACAUCUUGUUCCGUUGAAUGUAAAUUGUGACUUUUUAGUUCAUUUGUUAUAA